GCCAGCACGAACACAGGUACGUCAUCUCCUGACGAAUCCGGUUGCCACCUCACCUCUCUCGACAGACCCGCACCCUCCCCACCUGAGUCAUCAUGCCGGAAAUGACGGAGGAAGAGAAGAGGAAAAUGGAGGAGAAGGAGCGGAAGAAGGCGGAGGUUCGGAAGCGGCUGGAAGAAGCUUCGAAAGCGAAGAAGGGUGGCGGUGAGAAGAAGGGUUUCAUGACCCCCGAGAGGAAGAAGAAACUCAGGGCUCUGCUCCGCAAGAAAGCCGCCGACGAGCUCAAGAAGGAACAGGAGCGCAAAGCCGAAGCGAGGAAAAAAAUCAUUUCCGAAAGGUGCGGCCAGCCGAGAAGCCUCGACGGAGCAAACGAAGCCUCUCUCCAACAAAUUGUCAAGGAAUACCACGCCAGGAUCACCGAUCUCGAAGAUAAGAAAUACGACCUCGAGUACGAAGUUCGUCAGAAGGAUUUCCUCAUCAACGAAUUGACUAUUCAAGUAAACGACUUGCGAGGAAAAUUCGUCAAGCCCUCACUCAAGAAGGUUUCGAAAUUCGACAAAAUGAAGAUCAAGAACGUGAAGACCGAAGUGGAUUUCAGAUCGAAUCUCAAAAGCGUCAAGAAAGAUUUCAAGUUGGACGAAGGCAAAGAACAGACCGACAAGCCCGAAUGGGCCUUGGGAGCGAAGAAAGAGGGUGCCGAAGAGGAAGAGGAAUAAGCCCUGGGUCGCGAAUGUCCUCAAAGACACACAGCUCGCGUCUCGAGUCGAGCUGUGCUCGAAAUAAAGAACGGAACUCUACACUGACUUCGCGUUGGAACGCAAUGACAUGAAUGGAAGAGGAUUAUCGAAGCGUCUUUCGUUUGAGUUUAUGAUAGAAAUAAGGAUGCGAAAACCGAGAUGCCGAUGGUGAUGAUGUCGAUAAAACACCGCUAUGAUAAUUGUUGCGAAUAAAAGCUUUUGUUCUCCUAUGUCUGGUUGAACCGU